CCGCCGCCGCCGCCGCCGCGCGCCCCCCGCACCCCCGCCCCGCCCCGGCCCCACCAUGACCGGCUCAGCGGCCGACACUCACCGCUGCCCACACCCCAAAGGCGCCAAAGGCACCCGGUCCCGGAGCAGCCACGCGCGGCCGGUGAGCCUCGCCACCAGUGGGGGCUCGGAGGAGGAGGACAAAGACGGCGGGGUGCUGUUUCACGUUAACAAGAGCGGCUUCCCCAUCGACAGCCACACCUGGGAGCGCAUGUGGAUGCACGUGGCUAAGGUGCACCCGAAGGGGGGAGAAAUGGUGGGCGCCAUCAGGAACGCCACCUUCUUGGCAAAGCCUUCAGUGCCGCAGGUUCCGAACUACAGGCUGUCGAUGACAAUCCCAGACUGGCUCCAGGCAAUCCAGACCUACAUGAAGACACUACAAUACAACCACACAGGGACCCAGUUCUUUGAAAUUAGGAAAAUGAGACCGCUGAGUGGGUUAAUGGAAACAGCGAAAGAAAUGACUCGGGAGUCCUUGCCUAUCAAAUGCCUUGAAGCUGUCAUCCUGGGGAUAUACUUAACCAAUGGACAGCCUUCCAUCGAGCGAUUCCCCAUCAGCUUUAAAACCUACUUCUCAGGAAACUAUUUUCACCAUGUUGUGCUGGGGAUUUAUUGCAAUGGCCGCUACGGCUCACUGGGCAUGAGCCGAAGGGCUGAGCUGAUGGACAAGCCGUUGACCUUUCGAACUCUGAGUGACCUCAUCUUUGACUUUGAAGACUCCUACAAGAAAUACCUGCACACAGUCAAGAAGGUCAAGAUUGGGCUGUACGUCCCCCAUGAGCCUCAUAGCUUCCAGCCCAUUGAGUGGAAGCAGCUGGUCCUCAAUGUCUCCAAGAUGUUAAGGGCUGACAUAAGGAAGGAGCUGGAGAAAUACGCCAGGGACAUGAGAAUGAAGAUCCUGAAACCUGCAAGUGCCCAUUCUCCAACCCAAGUGAGAAGCCGGGGGAAAUCCCUGUCCCCCCGAAGGAGACAGGCGAGCCCCCCAAGACGGCUCGGCAGGAGAGACAAGUCCCGAGGCAAGCGACCACACCUGUGCCCACAGAGGACAGCUCUUAGACUGCCGCAGUUGGCUGGGUCGGGGAUCACAGGGGCUCGAGGGGACAGAGAAGCAAGGGCUGAAAGGAAAAUGCAAGGCUGCGUGACCCAGGGAGGACAAGAAGGACGGAAGCACCCAGCCCCUCCCUCCCUCUCCAGAUCCCAGCUUCCGCCAUUGCCACAGACUAGAGCCCGGGACACCCUCGUUCCUAGAGGUGUGUCUGGAGGAGAACAGCUUCUCAGCUUCUACCCCUGUCCUUCAGCAAGCAGGCUUUUCUCCAGGCCCGCACUGCCUGAGAAGGUGGCUGACCUCAGCACGCUGAAUGAGGUGGGCUACCAAAUCCGAAUUUAGGCAAGCCAUAUCAGCCAGCAAGAGGGCUUCUGUGGUGCUUCUCUCUGCACUUUACCCCAGCAUCUUCAGGAGGAACUGCAACUAUUUAUUGAGAACCUGUGGAUUUUAUUUUUAAGGAUUCACUUGGACAUGGAAUCGGAGUGGGUGGUAAAAAUUAACGUUGAAAGUCACGAAGGGGCCACCAUGAAAAGGCUGAAGAAACCCCACUGGGGUUGGACUGUCCCCCUCACUACAGAUAGAAAGGGUCAUAUGUAACUGUAGUUUUCUAUUUCCCAUUGACCUACUUUUAUUUACUUGCUUUUGGACAUGAUGCCUCCUCACCAGUAGUAAAUGUUCCUGAAACCCUCUCUCCCACUUUUGAUAUAGUAAGGUAACUCAGCCAGUAUUAAUGUCUUUUUUCAGCAAUAACAGAGGCAAGAAUUGGUGGGAUUUUUUUUUUUUAAGCAGUCAAUAUUACCUCAGCAUCUUGACAUCAGAUAUGCAAAUUUAAUGGUGUUUUGUUUUUUUAUAUUCUAUUUGUAUUAUUUCCCCAGUACUUCAGUGGGGAUCUCCAGAAAGUUUGGAAUUUUUUCCUGGUGCACACAUAUAAUGGGAUUAAGGUAUUAUACCAAGUGUUUUACUAAAAAGCACUGAAAUUUUUCUGGCAAUACGGGAAACUCUUUUCAGGACCUUGGAGUUACUUUUUAAUCUUUCUUAAAGCAUUCACUGACAGCGGUUUUUGUUUUUUCAAAACAAAAAGCACGAUCCGAAGGUAGUCUGUGUUCUGUCACUAACAUUUAAACUUUGCAAACUCCAGCAAAAAAAAGCACAAGAGGUCACGGCACUGUGACACACCUUUAGCAGUAAUGCAAGGACCUCCAGCAACCACACACUCAGAAAGGCAGAGGCCAGGAGUGAAUCGGCAGAGUCUUGAGAACCAGAUAACCUUUCUGUUCACGUCCCAUCUACUUUUUAGACUCUGAGUCAGGCGUUGGUUCGGAGGACUCACUGUUGUCAGGGAGGGGUCCUGAUGUCUUAUAUUAAGACCAAAGGUGGCACAUGUGAUCCCUUUCCAGUCCCUCUCUUUGAAGUACCACUUCAUGACCUAGGAACUGGUAUUGGAAAAUGCGAUGAAUUAAGAGAAACAGAAACUUCUUUUAAAUGGAAAAGUCUUCAGGUAGAGGGUUCUACCUUCGAGUGUGACGGAGUCCAUGAAGGACAGUGUGUCUGUGUAACUUCGGACUGCGGGCCGCGGAGAGGAGCUCUACUUAUCAAAUGUGUACGUUGUCACCAUCAAGAGUGUGCUUCUGUUUCGUCUGUUGUAGCUCGGCGGCUGUGCCAACACAGGAGGCCAACUCGCAGAUGUACGUGAAGUCUGCUAGUCAACACAAGUGUUAUUUCAGUUGCCAGGACUUCCUCUCUGGCUUUCUUUGCCUGAAGGUGAUUUUAGAAUGGGGAGUAGAAAAAUAAUCUGGUCAUUGAGAUUCUGUACCAUUAAAACUACUGAAGGUGACCUCAUCCCUCGGCCAUGCACACGUGCGCUCCCUUCAUGCUAAAACUCAGUGGCAUUAAUGGAAAGUGAUUAUUUUCUUGAAAAAGAAGGAAGUUUAGUGUCCUUUACGUGAAAAGGACCAAGUAAGUGGACAUCUCAAUUACAUUAAAAUAGAGAAGUUAAAAAUUCUGAACUAAAAUCACUCUAAGAAAUAGUAUCAGUUAAGAUGAGCUAUCUUUGUAUCUCUUCAUAAGGCAAACUCAUUUGCAGCCUCAUGACCACGUCUACUGAAAUAUUUGAGUUGUUCUGAAACAAUACUGACUUAGCUCUCUCUGUGAAAAAUAAGAUAUGUGUAUCUUAUGUUUGCCAAUCUGAAAUUUUAUUAUCACUAAUAGUACAUCAUUUAUACCACGGUGAUCUUUCUAAGAGCUUAGACUAGGAUUUUCCAAGUUUUACUUAAGUACUGUCCUAUCCAAAAUACAGAAUGUCAUUAGCUGCAGAGCCCCUUUUUUUUCCCCACAAAAAAGGGUAAAGAAUAGGAACACAAAUUAUUCUAAGACGCUGACGUACAAGCCUUAAAACCACCGCUGGUUUGGUGAUUCAAUUAGUAACCUGAUUUCCACUCCCUUCUCGAUGAUAAGAUUCAGUCCCCCAGAGCAAGGGUUAGUCACAGAAACAUGAAAAGUAAUUUAAAAUGCUCUUAGUUUUCAUUCUAGCUUUACUGCCUAUGGAAUUAUGUUGAUUUCUAAAAGAUCUGAGAAAGGUACCAGCAGGUAUUUGAUUAAGAUGAUAUUUAGGCAAAAACAAAACAACAAAAAAAACAUGACAUGAUUUAUUCCCCCCAAAAUUAAUUUUAAAACUGGCUAUUAUUCAAAAAAUAAAAAAUAAAACGAUGAGAUGAUUUGAAUCUAGUUUUUAAAGUUAUUAGUGCAAGAGAAAUUUUACGCUUAAGCCAUUAUAAGGAUAUAUGCAAAGUUUAAAUGGAUGACAGAAAUCUUGAUUUCAGACUCCAUGUGCUGUUUUGAGUACACUUUAUUUCAGAAAGUGAUAUUUAGUAUUUUCUAUACACUUUGAAAUCAUGAGCAUUUCACUUUUUCUAAGUCAAUUAUUUCAUAAGGAUUUUAUUAAUAGAUAUUGGUAAAUAGAACUUUGGAAAUCUUAAUUCUGUAUUCUUACUAUACCCAAGGCUUUUGUAAGCUAUAGUUUUAUGUACAACCUUGUACAGUUUUUUUGACACACAAUUCAGAAUCUUGUUUAUUCUCUUGGACUUUGUUCUGGCCAAUACAUUUUUUUUAAAUCUUUAAGGAAAACUGUGAUUGUUUUAGUGGGUAUUUUUCUAAGUAAAGGAAAAGUUGUAUAAUGGUAUUUUAGAGAAUGCCAGAUAAGUGCAUGUUUCAAGUUAAUGUUUUUCUCAUCACUUGUAUGUUUAUACACAGCAUGGGACUUUAAUAAAAACCAUCCUGGAAACUUAA